AUGGCAUGCGUUGUCGCGUUUUUCCUGAAGACGUCAGCCUAUUCAUUAUCUGUCAAUCAAAUAGUUUUAGUUGCCAAUAACCCAUAUGAGUCAAUGUACAAAAUCUACGAUCCUAUAGAAAGUAAAUUCCCUACAGUUAAUGGCGAUAUAAAACAAACCGACGUCGAGGUCAAAGACUUGGGUACAUAUAUUUCGGUCUAUUGUUCAAAGACAUUGAAAAGUCGAGAUAUUUUCGACAAAGUGGGUCGCGAAAUGGUGGAUCUAAAGCUUCAUCUACAAAAUAACCUUUUUCCUCCUGCUGAUAUACUUCACCAAUGCUUGGAUACCUUGGCCAACUUGGACAAUAGACUACAUAACAAUUAUCUUCCAUCACUUUUUCAACGCAGUAUUCCCUGGUCAAAAAUUGAUAGCUAUUAUUGUCCUCCGAAGAUUGUGGCUCAAUUAGCCCUAAAGUAUGGUCUCACUGUGGUUGGAAAAUAUAAAAACCUCUUCCCGACAAACAAUGAAAAAGGAAUAACCAUAGACGCUGAUAAGCAAUUUCAUCUCUGGGAAUUAGUUAAUGACGGCGUAGCUUUUCGAGGUAGGAAUUGGUCGACAAAUUCGGUGGCGCUUGCUUGGUAUCAAGGACAACCACACCUAUUCCAAUGGAGAGAAGAACACGGCUGGCUCCCUCUCACCCUGAUAGGCGCGGAGCAUCAGAACGCAGCCAUGCUUUAUUAUUACGUGCUAGGAGACAACCACGAAAUCUGGAAUACCCACAAUCAUCUGUCCACAAAAAUCAAAAACAUCUUGAAAAGUGCGCAAUGGCAGGAACACGAAAAGCGCGUAAUCAGUCAAGUAGUUUCAGGGAGUCGGCACUCACAUUUAAACCUUGAGACAGUCCAGGGCAGGCUUGAAUCUAUUAGGCCAAUUGGCAGUAUAGGCGCAUAG